UGGAGAUUGACAGUGCUCGGUACCUGUAUAUCUUCAGCCUCAGCCUGGGCGUGCCUGACCACCUCUAACGUCGGACGGUCAGAGAGGUCGCAUGUGUACGGCUGCCCGGAAUUUCUGGCAUCACUUUGCAGCCUCUUGCUGAGUGCACAGUUACCGAGUUGACAGGCGGUUGCUGAGUAUCGGAGACCCGCCUACGAAGCCUGAAGCCUGAAGCCGAAGCCUGGAGCCUGAAGGCGGUACAGACAGCUACAGCAUCCCCCGAUUUGACCCAACUACCCAUCGCCAACAUGGCCAACAACGAUACCUUUCCCCAAACGGGCAUUUUCGUCGCCAGUGAAGCGUCAACGGAUAACAUGGGCGCCUUGGUAAGAUUUCCCACUUUUUCAAUAGCUUCAUUUUCGGCCGUGUUUGGAUGAGGUUGAACGCGACCCUCGCUAACUUUUGAAAUAGGCCCAUUCAAUCUUGGACGACAUCGUAUACAAUGUAAUUCAUGACAUUGUCCUCGCCGCGCAUCGCGAAGACAAGAUGGCGAAAGCUGCCACGGCCGCAAUCCUCGUCGAGCAAAAAGCUGCUCAAACCGCGCCACUACCACCUGUAUCCGACGAUUCCAACCCAGCUCCCGAUCCUCCACAUAAGGCCGAAACCGAGUCGGCAACCUACCAGAAUGGAAAGGUUUAUUUGAAAGGGAACCCAUUGGAUACCGUCACCGAAAUCAUUUGUCCAAAAUGCCAUCUACCUCGACUUCUCUACCCUACAGAUGGUGUUGGCGCGAGAAAGGUGGAACCCGGCAAGGAGUUUUGUAAAAAGAAGCCAUUCAUAGAGAAGCCAUACCAUGAUAUCUAUGGUCAGACAUUCCAAAUGGAAGGUCCUGGCCGAGGAAAGAAGAAGAAGGACAUGAUCAACCCACUAUUACAAUCUGCAACAGAGGGUACACCAAAUGGAAGCCAAGAUUCGCCAAACCCAUCACCACCUCCAGGAGACGGCCUACCAAAGCCAAUCUCAUUCCCACACGCAAAAUGUCACCAUUGCAGCACCUUCCUACCCAUCAAGCGAAUGAACAACCAUAUGAUCAAGUGCAUUGGAGGUGGUGGUCGAGAUUCAUCACGACAAGCUCUCCUAAAGAUGCAAAACAAUGGCAAUGGUAGCCAAAAUGGAGGUACGCCUCCUGGUAGCCGAACUGGAACCCCAGCACCGGCAGGUACCACAAAUCACAAAGGCAAGAGUAGUCCUAAUAAGAGAGAAGCUGGUGAUGAUUUCGAGUCCGACUCAUCACCACAAAAGAAGAAGAAGCUCAAAAAGACGGCAGCCACCAAACUCAAAGCUCCAAAAAUGGCAAAGUCCUCUUCUCAAAUGUCGAGUUCAAAUCUAAGUUUUGAGCAAAAGGCUCCAGCUACAGAUGAUGAAGACGAAGAUAGCAAAGAAGAUGAGAAUGACGGCGAGUACGGUACCGUGGUUGUAGAGCCCAAGAAGAAGGUCAUCAAACCUGUAACCAAAAAGGCAAAGGAUACCGGCAUGGGGAUUCAAAAAAAGAAAUGGUUACACGGUAAAGGAGGUGUCAAACCCAACUUACCACCCGUCACGAGUGAUCUUAUAGACGGCGCUCCAAGUCCCAUAAUAAAGUUGAAGACCAAGACCAACCUAUCCGACCGAACAUCUUCCACCAAGCCUCAUUCUUCCAAGAAUACACCCAAGAAUACACCCAAUGGUUCGCCCAAAGUUUCUGGGGCGGUGCCAACAAGCAACGGAAAGACGUCUUCGGGAUUGGUACGUGCUGAAUCGGAGUCAAGUCAAACCCUGAGUUCUCCAAAUUAGGCGAGGACUUUACUUUAUUUUUGCUUCGAUUGAAGCUUUCGCUUUACAAUGGGGUGUUUCGUGUUUCCCUUUCAGUGUGCAUUGCAUGGCAUCGCAUUGCGAUAUUUACAUUUUCUAUUCCCUGGGUGGCAUUUUUGAUUGUUUUUUGCUUGCCACAGUAUGUUGAUGAGAAACGACUAGAGCGAUUGAUCGAGCGAGUUUAGUGAGUGAGCGAGCUAGUGGGCUCUGUGCAUAUUAGGUACCUGGGUACAUUUGGUCUUGACUUUGACUGUAUGCAUACAGUACCGAAAACAACAAAAGCUUCUACGCGAGGAUGGAUGGAUGGAUUGAUUCAAGCGGUUUUUUCUUUCUUCUUUUUUUCUUUACAUGUGCAUGGGUUUCUGGCAUCUUUCUUCUUCUUUGAUUUUUUUUUCCGGUAUUAUAAUUGAACUCUUCCUUCUCCUGGCUUCCUCUUAGAAGACCACCGUCUUUCUGUCAGGCCUGUUAGGAGGGAAAGAGAAGAGAGAGAAUGGGGGUUAGGCGUUCGGGAAGGAAUAAGCAUGGCUGGUUGGCUCGCUGGAUGGAUGGGUGGUCGGAGAUAGCUUCGAUACUGGCACUUCUAUUCUGAUGGAAGGAUGGAUGGAGGGAGGGAAGGACAAAGGGAUAGGGCAGUUGAGUACAUUGGUGGAUGAAAUGGAGGAAAAGAGUGGAAAGGUGUGUAUUAUAUGAUUUGUAUAGAGUAAAAUGGAGGGAAGUGAAUAUAGGUUGUUCCGUGG